GUGUGUGUGUGUGUUAUUAAAAUUAGCUGCAUCUGUUUAGAAUUUAAUAGAAUCAUAAGUCGGCACUGCAGUCACCCACCGCCACCUUCUGUUGAUCCACGACGCAACCCGACCCGUUUCUCUCUCCCGUUUUCCUCUUUUAUCCUUUUGAUAUUGCUGGCUGUCAACUGUGCACUCAGUACGUUUUCAUCAAACUCCUCUUCAUUUAUCAUCCACUGAUUGAACCCUUUUUCGAUUAAGGUUUUUCAAUGGAAGUCCCAAAAUUAAGCGAAAUCGAAUCGGAGCAAAUAGCGGACUCCUUUCUUUGCUGCGUUUGCUUGUGAACUCCUCCUCAUUUAUCAUCGACUGAUUGAACCCUUUUCGAUUGAGGUUUUUCAAUGGAAGACCCAAGAUCAAAAGAAAUCGAAUCGGAGCAAAUAUCGGACUCCUUUCUUUGCUGCGUUUGCUUGGAGCUUCUAUACAAGCCCAUAGUGUUGGCUUGUGGUCACAUUGCAUGUUUUUGGUGUGUCCAUAAAUCAAUGAGUGGUCGGCGUGAGUCCCGUUGUCCAAUCUGUAGGCAUCCCUAUGAUCACUUCCCAUCCAUCUGUCAAAUGCUUCACUUCCUGCUCAUGAAGAUGUAUCCUGUCAAUUAUAAGAAGAGAGAAGACAGUAUUCUAGAGGAAGAAAGAGCGUGUCACAUUUUCUCUCCACGGUUUGACUGCCCUGCAUGUGAACCCCAUACCAAUGAAAAAAUUGAUAGCCAAGGAGAAUCUGGAAAAUCCGCAGAUCCAUCUAUUGCAGGUUUUGGGUCCAACUCAUGUUCAGGUCCUCUGUCUUGUGGCUGCUUGCAGCUUUGUGUUGUUUUUAAGAUGCUAAUACAAAAAUUUUGUUCGUCAAAAGAAACAAGUGGCCAACAUUGUUCCAAUGCUGAGCAAUCGGAAUCUGGUUCAAGGGUUAAAGACAAUUCUCUGCAUGAUAUAAAACAAAGACCUGAAGCAAUCAAAUCCAGAUCUAUUGAAGGAAACAAGUUAUGUCAGAAUAAGAUUAAUGGGAUACCUGAGCAGAUUUCAGUUGCUGAUUUGCUGUGUGCUGCAUGCAAGCAAUUGCUGUUUCAUCCCGUGGUUCUUAAUUGUGGCCAUGUUUACUGUGAAGCUUGUCUUUUCAACCCCACUGAUGAAAUGCUUAGAUGUCAAGUAUGUUGUAGUUUAGAGCCAAGGAGGUUUCCAAAAGUUUGUUUGGAGGUUGAUCAUUUCUUGGAAGAAAAGUUCCCCAAGGAAUAUUCAUUGAGAAGAGAUGCUGUCAAAGAAGUCCUUAUCAAGCAUGACACUGCUAGUUGUUCCAUGGAAGAUGGCCAACAAAGUAUAUCUAUCUCCUCAAAUGAUAAUCCGCCAUGGUGGGAAGAUAUGGAGAAAUUACAUUGGUCCAGCAUUCAUAGUGGGUUUGGUUGUGACUCUUGUGGGAUGUAUCCAAUAAUUGGAGAUCGAUACAAAUGUAAAGAUUGCACGGAAGAAAUAGGUUAUGAUCUCUGUGGAGAUUGCUAUAAUACUUCCUCUAAACUUCCAGGUCGGUUCAAUCAGCAGCAUACAUCAGAACACAGGUUUGAGCCAAAGAAGAAGCAGAUUCCUCAGAAUUUACUGUUGAGGGUGGUGGCUGGACCCUUAGGGGGUGAGUAUACCGUUAUUGUCCCUGAUGAUACUGAAGAGAAUUUAGAAAGUGGAUUCUACCCUUCCGGUUUGUUGAGCAAUUCUGAAGAGACUGUUGGGAGCGAUUUAAAUGAGUUAUUUCCGAACACAGGUGGUGAUGCAGAUGAAAACGAUUCAGAGAUGAGUUAGAAGGAUCUGCAUAAGCAUUUUCUCUCUCGGGUCUGAGCACAUUUGAGGACAGUGGCUGUAAAUCUUUAGUAUGGUAAGUGAAGUUGCAGCAAUUCAAGGCACCAUUUUAGCUCACUUGUUCUCAACAAUUGCACUGCAGUUCAGUGAGUUGCAGAGUAUCCAUGGAAUCAUCCUUUAUUUUUAUUUGUAUUAUUUUUUUUUUUGGCAUUGUCAAGAUCUGGUAAUCCUUUAUGCUCAUUUGGAGCUAGUAUAGUCGUAAACUGAUGAUAGCUCGUGAACUCAUGUAUAGAUGAAGACGGAAUCAGAGAGGGUGAAUUUCGUUUCUAGUUA